CUUCCUGAUUGGUUGUCUUCGCCAAGCUUGCAAUUAAGUGUGGUUGCAUCGCGCAAGGGCUGGCUGUAAGUUGGUUUGGAGUCUUUUAAAACAUGGAGAUGCCAUCAUACUAUACAAAACUCCUAGGAGAGUUGAAUGAGCAGCGGAAGAGAGAUUUCUUCUGUGACUGUAGUAUCAUUGUGGAAGGAAGAAUUUUCAAGGCACACAGGAAUGUAUUAUUUGCAAACAGCGGCUACUUCCGAGCCAUGCUUGUCCACUAUAUCCAGGACAGUGGAAGACAUAGUACAGCUUCUCUAGAUAUUGUUACCUCUGAGGCAUUCUCCACCAUACUGGACUUUCUUUACUCUGGAAAACUGAACCUGUGUGGAGAGAAUGUGAUCGAGGUUAUGAGUGCAGCUAGUUAUUUGCAAAUGACUGAUGUGGUCAACUUUUGCAAGGCCUAUAUUCGCUCCUCACUGGACAUCUGCAGAAAGAUUGAGCGAGAAAGUUCAUUUGGUCAAGCUGACAGUGGGAGUGAUGGCUUAGGAAGUGCAAGAGGAGCAGCUCUUAGGGCCUUGCAAGAGAAAGGAGGUGUUGGAGACUGUCAGAAAGAGCCACCAUGUGGAGAUUGUAGUAGCUGCAACUCUGUAGAGGUUUUGGAUAAGGAUAACCCCAGUGUUGGGUCUCCCGAGGAAAAGAGCUCUGUUAAAGCAGUGGAACCCAAGGAAGAAUUUGAUUCUGAUGUGGUAGAAGUGACUGAGGGGCUUCAGCCAUACCCAAUGCCGCCUGGAAUGGAGCAGGGAGAUGAAAGUUUGCAUGGAGGUGCAGGGAUGGAUCUCUCUCAUAAUUAUCAUAUGAAGCAAUUUUUAGAGGCUCUCCUACGUAAUAGUUCUAACCAGAGGAAGGACGAUCAAGUUCACCAUUUCCCACGUGACUUUGAAUCCCGUCAAGAGGAUGCAGGUGUCCCCAUGAGUUCUAUGAUGGACAUUCAGGGUGACUGGUAUGGAGAGGACACAGGGGAUGUUCUAGUGGUUCCCAUCAAGCUGCACAAGUGUCCGUUUUGUCCUUACACUGCGAAACAAAAGGGCAUUUUGAAGCGUCACAUCCGUUCACACACAGGAGAGAGGCCUUACCCGUGUGAGAUUUGUGGCAAGAGGUUUACUCGUCAAGAGCAUUUGCGCAGCCAUGCACUUACUGUACACCGGUCCAACCGCCCAAUUAUCUGUAAAGGUUGCCGUCGGACGUUCACCAGCAGUCUGUCUCCUGGUUUGAGGCGUUUUGGCUUGUGUGACAGCUGCACCUGUGUCACUACGACACACGAGGAAUCUCAUAGCAGAGGUCACCCUGAACCUGCGUCUGAAAGCAUGGACAAAGAUGAGGUGGAUGGUGACUGGCCUAUCUACAUUGAGUCUGGAGACGAGAAUGAGGCAGCUGAGGAAGAGACGGAGGAUAAAGAACAAAUACACAGAGAGGUGCUCAUGUGACCUUCAAAGUGAAAGACAUUCCAUCAUUGUCCUAUGCCAGGCCAUUUAAGUAGCAUUGUGCUAGAAGGAAAACCUCCGUCCCGUGAUUUCCAAUGUUGUGGUUCUGGAAACUCUGCAGGUUACACGCCUUAUUGGUUGUGCAGUGCAAUGCCAUUUGGCAGUGAUCAGUUAAUAUUUAUCCAUAUCCUAUUUUAUAUUUUAGUGCUGUGCACUAACUACCAGUAAACCUUUCAAGAGAAACCAGUGUCUCGAAUGCAUUGUCUGCCUGUAUAGAAGAAUUCAUAUUUCAUUGGUCAAGUGAGGAGGAACAACUAUUGUCCUUUGUUAUGUAAUUCAAGACUCAAGAACAAUUUGGAGCUGGGUUUCCAGAAACCAGACUUGUAUUCCAUCUAAUCAGUUAUUGUUGUUUGUAGUGUGAUCUACAAUUCAGCAUUAUGUGACAAAAUAAGCGAUACACAUUUCCCUUUUCUUGUCAAUUCUCCAUAGAGCAUUUUUAAAUGUAUAUAAUACUCAUGUACUGUAAUAGUGACUGACUUACAAAUCCUUUAGAUGAUAUCAAAAACCUCUCGUAGGAUAUCACCAACAUAUUUGUUCAUCAUGAAAUUAAGAAAAAUAUCUAUAUACAUACAUACAUGCAUAUCAUCUCUCUAUAGAAGUGAACAUUGUAAGCAAGGUUACCCUUAAAGAAAGAGAAAAUAGGACAUAAAAAAUACCUUGUUGUAAAUAUGGUAGUGCAAAACUACAAAUACCUAUUUUCUGCUGGACAAAAUAGAAAUACCGCAUGUAAUGCAAUCUUCCACUUUUAAUUCUAAAGUCUAUCCAAGGCACUCUGCAUUAUGGGAAACAAGCCCAUUGGUUGCCUUUAGGUACCAACAUGUGAUAAGAAGGUUUAGUUGAUGUGCCCUGUUGCCUUUGCAUCCUAACAUUUUACUUUACAUUAAGCUAUUUGAAAAAGACUAUAGGCUGAUCUGA